AUGAACCUUCCACUCGGCCAAAACAUGCCCGUCGACGACCUCCAGUCAGAACAAGUGCAGCUGGGCGGGUCCUACGUCGACACCGUCGUCGCCAUCUCCGAGGAGCUGGGACACAUGAAGGAUCUCUUGCCGCUGGUCAAGCUACUGUCGCUCGUCUACAAGAUGCGUUCGCCAAGCCCGGAUGAAGAAUGCCACAUGAACGCUCUCAUGCGGACACUUUCUGGCGACGCCCUCCAUAAGACCACCACCGACAGGCAUCCCCAAGGCUUCACCCGGGACGAAAUCGUCCAGUCCUUCCAAAGGCUCCUCGGCCCCGUCCUCACCGGCUUGGCCGGCCAAGGCGACUUAGAGCAGGCCGUCGGCGCCGGUCAGGAUCCCGAGUCGUUCCGCCAAUUCUGGGCCCUCGACGAUAGGAAUCUGCUCACUGACGCCAUGUCCGGCAGAGGGGCCCUUGCGGCCACGUCCGAGAUGGGGGUCAACUUCCUCGAGACCUUUGUCGAGGAUAAGAGCCGCCGGCUGGCCCUCACCCAGGACCACGGCGCUCUCGUGCUGGUGUCCAACCGGACCCGUGUCGGCGACGAGGUGUGGAGGAUGUCGCGUAGCUCGUCGUUGGUCGUCGUCCGCAGAGAAGGCCGGCCUGAGAUGCCCUCGAUGGACAUGAGCGUUCUGGGUGAAGCGUACAGCCAUGGGUUCGCCAAGGGCAAGUCGCCAAAGGGUUGCAGGCAGGACCACAAUGACAUGGAAUUCCUCACCUCUUCCGUCGCCGUUGGACUCGCCGGCGGUGUGCCAAUGUAG